AUGCUGCAACCAACCUGCGGGCGGUGUUGUAUACCGCAUGCAUGCAACCUACGCAGUGUGUUUCCCCGGUGUCGCCUCUGUCUCUCUCUACCUUAGACAAGCAGUACUCACCUCCCCGCCUCCACCCCUCAGUCGUCCCAGCCAGUCAAGACAAGGCACCAGUGAAGGCGUUCACGAAUCACUUCGCAACGCCCUGAUCACACACCCCACGGAGUGGACAUGCGCCCACCGUCAUACAGAACCCAGAACCCAAGAUGCCAAGGAGCCCCAUCGUCUCCAACCUACCUCGCCUACCUAGUACGUAAGUAGGUACAGUAAGUUAUCUACAGUACCUAGGCGUCUUUUCUUCGUUAAUCCGCGCUCUCUUCUCUCCCGUUCGCAACACCCCUCCCCUUCCCUCCAUUUCCCAAACUCCCCAUUCCGCCGCAGGCGAUCUCACAUGUACAGCUAUCUAGUCUGCAGCAGCGCGGGGGUAGUGGUUGUCAGGUGGUUCCGGUUUUGGACUUGACUGGUACUACUACCACCUUUCAAGUCUCACUCUCUCACUCACUCACGCACACAUAUACACACACACACAACCUUCCUUCAUUCCCCUUCACUACCAAACCACCUUAAUAAGCCUUGCGGUCUCCCUCUCUCUAGAAAUGUCACGCAACAACUAUCGAUCGGCGCCUUGCGAGCCUAAAUAGUCCGUCUGACUCGACACCACACUCGUAGCAUGGACAAAGACAGAGUCAGACAGUCCAAAUAAGCUUACCCACGGUCUCCGCUGUUUACCGUUUCCGAACUGCCUCGGACUAGUGCGUCUCCCUUUUGGGGAAUCUCGAGGUUAGGUGAAUUCGGCGCACGACCAGGAAGAUCCUGGACUCCGCAAGCCACCGCUAUGAACCAACUCUACAGAAAGACCCUGAUUGCUAGUCAAGUCCUAUACAUUAUUAAUAUCGGCCCUAUACCAGCUAAGUUUCAGGGUUGUUACCGACGACAUAAAACAGGUAACUGGACGGGUAUGGCGUGACCUUUGGUCCUGGUUUACUGAGUAGGUAUGUAUAUCCCAGGCUUCCAGGUGCCUGCCUACCUACUUACUCGCCUUACUGACUUCCAAACACUACUUUCUUGUCUUCCCCACUCAACCUGGAAUCUAGGGAUUGCCUUGCCAUAUGCCAUGCGGAUGAUAUCAGGAUUCCGUCAACGGCUGAAGCAAAAGGACCUUACCGAUUUACCGUAGCGUAGAGCGCGAGAGCGCAUUGAUUUCAUUACCCGUACGUGUGGGUUCAAUCUAACUAGGCGCUACGCUGCGCAGUGUCAGUCAGUAUAUGUAUAACAGUGAUGUUGCAAAGCACUCUAUAAUUACGUUUCAUCCGAGGUUCCAUCUUGUCCUUGUCGUUCUGUUACUGCAAGGGCUGUCCCUGCCAGCUCGCCUAUCUGCUUGAUCUUGAAGCUAUGGAGUCCUAUCUAAACGAUCAUGGGGUUUAAUUAUAAUCAAAGUUACCCCAGGCUCGCUUCUCCAAGCCAAGGUACUCUGAUAGCCGCGGUCCGUCCGAGAGAUAGGCAAUCUCUCUCUCUUUCUCUCUCUGAAUACCGUCCGAGCUAAUUUUGCCCAAAGCCACAAUUCUUGUCGUCGUCUCAUCUAGUCUGUUCUUGUCUUACGCCUACAUGUAAUUACAUGUAAUUAUC